UUGUGAACAGUUGUAUAUAAAAGACAUACAGCAUUCAUUAUUUACGUUUUAUUGUUUACUUCGAUGCUCGAGGAAAUGGAUCUACGCCUAGUUCCUCUCUGGAUUGUGUUAAUCUCGUUCAAUCUCCCCAUGGCGAUGUUGAGAGAACCGAGGAACAACGGUCACUUACUUAACAAGGGCUCUUCAAGUAUUUUUCAUGAUGAAAAACACAUUCGAGCAGAUCUCUCUAGCUACUUCGGUGUCAAUAUGGACGAACCUUUGACGAACAGUGAAGUAGGAGUGUAUUUCUUUCAACUACACGAUUUGGACAAAGAUAAUAGACUAGACGGUUUAGAGCUUCUAGCCGCCAUUAAUCACGUCGCCGAUAACGUCUAUGAUCCGUUUGAUGACGAGGACGAAGCAUCUGAUCCGGCAACUUACCUCGUGCAACGAAAGUGGAACACGAAGUUUGCCAAUGAUGCAGUCGCCAUCGAUAAGAUAAUGCAAGAAAAUGACUUGAAUAAAGACGGAUUUCUGAUCUACUCCGAGUAUGCAUUGGCCAGACACACAACGUGAAUUUUGCCUCCAACUUGGAUGUAAGUUCAUCGGAGUUUUGGAAGUGUUUCUAAUAAUAUUUUGAAACUCUCAAUUAAAAAUCAAAGUUCAUUUAUUUGUUAAAUGUUAAAAAUUAUGAAAUAAAAUGCACGACUCAUUUGUAGAAAGAAAACUAGUCGUUGUUAAUUGAUUAUCAUGCUGUU